AUGUCACUCAUUCCUCUCACGGUGUAUGAUAACCUACGUCGGGUGUGCUGCUCCAUGUUUGCAAGCAGUUCACAGACGGAUCACUACGAAAUCGCUGAACGAUUAAUCGCGAAUGCGUCAUUGGCCGACGUAUUGCGAUGGCGUGGAGUGUCGCAGCGAUUCCGUGCAGCCGCCCUGCGUCGCCUGGCACGAUUCACCACCAUUCAUGUCCGUGUCUAUGACGGUCUAUGCAAGUUGCACGAACGCGGCUCAUCCAUCGCAAUGACUGACGAGCUUAGCUGGCACCCAGCGGGUUGCCUUUUGCUCAGCGAAAUGGGUACACAUGAGCUCGGCAUCGCGCUUGACUCACGACCGAAAUGGAAAGAUGUGAAGGUUCUGAUUGCGUUGCUACAAGUGUUCCGUGAAAAUGCGAUACAUAUUCAUAUGGACAGUCCAAUCGUUGAGCUGCUCGUGAAGGAUGUGAACACGAAGAAAAUCAACGCAUUGUUGCUGUUCUUCAGUCAAAAUCGGAAAUGUGAUGCGGAAUUCGUAUGUGAAGAGACGACCAUAGCGCCUAUGACGAAAAGCCAGCUACCGCUUGGCCCCAUGUUUCCAGCGUUGAAGCAGUUCAUUGUUACCAGUAAUCCUCAACAACUCAAUCAUCUGUCUCGGCUCAUUCACUAUGCGGUAGCAGUUGACAUGAUCUAUCAGAAGAAGGAGAUUGAUCUCGUCUGUUUACAGGUGGUUUUGGGCGAAAGUUGGUGCCGAUCAAAGCAACGUCUCUUUCGUCAUGUGAACUCGUUCAAGCAGUGGUCCGAUGCGAGCUCACUGGGUGUACGGUAUCUACAGCAGUUCCACGGCGCGGAAAAACGACGAGGCAAAGCUAAAUGCUGA